UCUAUCGUACUUAUCUGUCUUCCCGGAGACACUUAACGAUGACUGAUGCGGUAAACGAAAUACGACAAAAGUUAGUCUUAAUCCGACAAAGGUGCACAUCGGAUCGCAAAAUCCUUCACGGGGACCAUGGAAAUUGAUACGAAUACAUCAGAUGAGCUGGACGUGGUCAAAUUUGGCAGCAAGUCAAAUGAAUCAUCCAAUGCAGCCAAGAAAAGUGCGGUUUCCCGUCCUACCCUGGACGAGUACUACGACACAACGAACAAUCGCCGGGGCGUAGCGCUGGUGUUUUGCCACAUGAACUUCUCGAGUAUGGUUAAGCGAAACGGAACUGAUAAGGAUCGCGAUGACAUUUGCAAUGUUCUCUAUGGGUUGGAUUUCGAGGUACGCGUUUUUGAUGACCUAAGUGAGAACGAGGUGCUGGAAACGCUGAAGAAAGUUUCUCGAGAGGACCACACGGACAAUGACUGCCUGGUGGUGGUUGUGAUGUCCCAUGGGGAACAGGGUAUGCUGUACGCUCGAGAUAAUAAAUACACCGUGGAUUCGUUGUGGAAGAAUUUCAUAGGAAAAUCAUGUGAAUCGUUGAUUGGAAAACCAAAGUUGUUCUUUAUACAGAGCUGUCGUGGUGAACAACUCGAUGAAGAAGUCACCAUGGCAGCUCGUGGACCCAAGGACAUGGUGGAUUCACGGCGAGAACCAAUCGUGUACUCAAUUCCGGCCAUGGCAGAUUUGCUGGUGAUGUAUUCCAACUACGAUGGGGACUAUUUGUGGAGAAACCCCAAGCAGGGAUCGUGGUUCAUACAGUCUCUAUGCAAGGAGUUGACGGACAAUGGACGUACUAAAGAUUUACUGUUGCUAUUGACUGGGGUUACGAGAAGGACUGUCUUCGAGUAUCAGACGUUUGUGCCGCAUGAUGAGCGGAUGGACGCCAUGAAUCAGAUCCCCUGUAUCGUUUCCAUGCUGACGAAGGUUUUCUAUUUCGCCAAGAAGACCAAGAGUAAGGUGGUGACUGAUAUCGAUUAAACUUUGCUA